AUGGCCGGCCUCAGUCCCCAAAUUACCAACCUGAUCAUCAUCCUCGGUAUGAUGCAGGUAUCGAAGCGCAUCCCCUUCGAAGACCCCCAGGUUCUCAACACGGUCCGCGCCGUCUACAUCGGUAGCAAUGUUGUCAUUGCCCUCAUCUACGCCUACAUCCUGUCUCAGAUCAACAAGAAGAAGGACAUGACUACUCUCAAGUACGUCGAGCCUGCGCCCAUGGGCUCCUCCGAGGAGGGCAAGCUCGUCACCACCACGAUCCACGCCUACGACACCGCCCAGCUCAAGCAAGCCUUCCGCGGCCAACUCAUGGCCGUCGCCAUGAUGGGCUUCAUGCACUUGUACAUGAAGUACACCAACCCCCUCAUGAUCCAGUCCAUUAUCCCCGUCAAGUCCCUGUUUGAGAGCAACCUUGUCAAGAUCCACCUCUACGGCCAACCCGCCUCGGGCGACCUCAAGCGCCCUUUCAAGGCUGCGGCCGGUUUCAUGAGCGCUAUGCAGGGAGGCCAGACUCAGAGCGACAAGAAGGCUGUCGAGGCUGCCGAGAAGGCCGGCCGCGGCGGUGCCAAGGAGGAGUAA